AUGCCUGGCAAGCACGAACUCGUAUGUCAAGCUCCCGAGAUAGUGGAACACUUGAAGCAGAAUGCAGACACCUGGCACCAUUGGGUCACAGACAAGAAUGGGGAUGCGCCUGAGAAUGUAGAUUCCAUCGAGAAGCUGCUGUUCGUUCGAGGCUGGGUCAAAACCAGUCGUUGCGCUGUCGUGGCCUUCUUCAAUGACUGUAGGAAUGUGAAGUACAAGUCCAUCGGUGAUGUAGGCCCUGGUUACUCUUCCCAGUUGCUUGAUGACAAGGAAGAAUACACACCUCCUGGAUGCUGUGCUAGAGUAUGGCCGCCGGUAGGCAACCUUCCUCAGACAGACGGUGGCAGCCCGCGACAUCUUAGGGCGAUGGACGAAGACUCAGGGAACCUCUCAAAUGUAUGCAUGUUUCUGCACUACUUCAAGAUGAAGAAGUGUGCCAGUGUGCAAGAGGCUCCCCCUGAGGAGGAGGAGGACCCUGAUGUUGCUCUGCGUGAUGAAGUUGAAAGAGAUUCCGAUCCCGCACCCGAGCCAUACGACCCUGUCAAUUUUAUCUUGGACUACAUAUUGAAGAAUCCCAAAGUGAAUGUCGCGAUUGCUAGUGAUCUAGACUUGAUACGCUUGUGUGAGGGUCGAUCUGACGAUGGAUACCCAAUUCCUGAUGAUAUACCGAAAUUCUUGAGGGAAACCAAGCCUCCCGUUAACGUCACUGAGGAUGGACUCGGCACACUAUUUGAUGAGGCUACCGAGAUGCACCUCGCGACUGAAGGCUGA